AGUGUUGCAAAGCUCUGCGAGCCAGCUCGGAAAGGAAGACACUGCUCGUAUUUGAGAGCCUGUGACUGCAGGCAGCUGAGAGCAGUGAAACUACACGCUGCUCCAGUCUUUGCUUCCAGCUCUGCAAGGUGUGGACAAAGACUCCAGCAAGGCAGGGAGCAGAGAAACAGCUGCUGGUCAUUAUCUUCACUGGUCUCCCCAUCUGGAUGAGAGUUGAGCUUGAAUAUUUACUUGGGUACAGGGCAAAGAGCAUGGUAAAAUGAUCUGAAGUCAAGUAACUGUCUGAAAGUGCCUAAGCUUGAUAUUCUCAGCAAACAGCAGUGCUCAAGGUGGAGAAGGAUACUAGAGCUAGGCACUCUCUAGAGCCAAGCAACCUAUCAAAGCUAAGACAGCAACUGUUUGGGACCUCUUGGGAUCGUAAUCCUAGGAAGAACAACAACAAAUUCAGGAGUACCAUGGAUUCAAAAGCAAAAUAAUAGCUAUUGCCAACCUUCCAGCAGCCACACCUACUUUGAAACUGAGGUUGGAACACUGCUGGAAAACAUCCUGAAAGGAAAGAACCUAUGCUGGCCAGGUCCUGGGAAAUCAGGUGGCCAAAGGAAGCCUUUCCUUCCUCGGUCCAUUACGCGCUCUGGUUAAGUGUUCGUGUCCACUUGUGGAAGAGUCAGGAAAAGCCUCUGCAAAUUACUUCCCAGGUCUGUUACCAAAAGCGAAGAAAUAAUUUUGGAUAAGACUGUGGGCUGAUUAGCAAUCUUCUGGAAGAAUGUCUGGCCAGGACACUGAGGACUUCGGAGCAGAAAACCUCUCGGAAAAGUCUCGGAUGAUUCCUAGCCUCCCACCAUAUGAUAUAGAUGACCAGCUCCUUCCCAGGGAGCCACGCAGUGGCUGGUGCUGCUUGGUGUGGACCCUGGUUAUAGUCACCAUGAACUCCUUGGUCUUUUUCAUUAAUUUGCUCCUGAUGUUUGUAAUCUUCACCAUUGUGCUGCUUCCUACCAUUGUGGUGGUUUACUUUGGCUUCCAGUGCCACUCUCAGGUGCUGCACUCAGCUGCCCGCUACUGCAAAAGCAUCUUGGACGACAACAGCUCCUCUGCCCUCAUCAUCCUUGGCUUUGUCAUCAUGUCCCCUCUCAUUGUGGUGGCCAUGGCCAUCUACUGCAGCCUGGCAAGGCACCUCCGUCUCUUCAUGUGCUUCCAGCCGUACAGCAGGGCUGUGUAUAAGGGGGUGAAGUGGCGCUGGUACGAGGAGGGAGGCCUGUGCAGCUGUGUCAAGGGGUGGAACACCCAAGUCAAGGCCUGGGUAUGAGUUUGCAGCACCAGAGGCCCUGCCCUAGCCAGCACCCUCUUCUCCCUGCCCUGUCCCGCCCCACCAUCACCCCCCAGAGUCACCAUCCUGAGGUCUCUGCAGACAAAGGCUGUGUAGUACCUAGAUGUGAGAGGAGGGGAGAGCUGUUAAUGAGCCACCUCCUACAGCUUUGUCUGUAAGUAGGUAAGAUUCUGCCCACUGUGAGGGAAAUACAGAAAACACAAGUCCUUGAUGGUAAAGGCAAUGUUCAAGCCCUGAAAAGAACAAGGCCUCCUCGCAGGGCCUGUUGCAUUCAGAGCACGGCACUGUUUCUAGCCUUGACAGCAUGUUCUGCCUCACAUGGGACACAGAGCACAUGAGUAUAGGAUUAAACAGUGGGGGGCGGGGUGGCUGCAGACUUUGCUGUACGCCUUGGAGAGGUCUUUUUGGGAAAGGCAGCCUUUGGUGAAGCAUCCAGCCGAGAGGAAGCAGCUGCGGAUCCCCCAAGUGUCGGACUGCCAAUGUUUCUAACCUCUUUCAAAGGUGUCUGUAGGUCACUCUCUGUGAUAUCUGGGAUCCACCACGUUCCUAGACAUCAGACAUUCUUCCCCCCGUUAGCAAUUCCUCUGUCCCAGGUCUAUGGCAGUGCUUAUGCUCCCUUAAGUGUUCCUGAGUCAGGUUACUGAGUUGGUUGUAGAAACAAAUACUGAUCUUUGAGUCUCUUCCCUGCCAGCUGCUGAUCUGAAGUAAGUUUGUCUGGUAAUGGCUGAUGGAUAUUAACCAGCAAUAGCUCCUUGUCCUUUAUGCUGUGGUCAGGUGGCUUUGUCUGGGGCUAAAUCUGGCUGAGGGUUCCAGUCAGUUUUAGGAUUCCUGGCAGGAGGAGCUGAAGACUCCUGGUGGCUGCUGAGCACUACAAGUUCUCCCAGACCUGGGCUAAGAGCUUAUGCCUGCAAGGGACAGUGUAGAAUGUCCUGUUUUCUGAGGGUCACAGAUACCUAGAUUUAGGGUUAGUGCUGCAGUUUAAGGGUGGAGUACUGGAAAGGGUCAAACUGCUGAAUGCUGUGAAUCUUUGGAUGCUCCAAUAAGGCUGGAAGUCUGGAGGACCCGGGAGCCACUUCAGCGCUAGCACUGUGUUGUAUUCUCUGUGUGAAACGAGGACUGAAUGCGCCACAGAGACUGACUGCCCCUCGUGAAAAUGCAAGUAUGGCAGCAAGUUGGUGUCCGGGGAGCCUGCUGUGCCGAAUGUGAUCUGCACUACCCAGGGUGGUGCUGGGGGCAAUGGUGGCACGCUCCCUAGAGAGGGGCUGUAGGUCUGAAACCUGCCGAGCAGGGGAGCCCAGCCUCCGUUCCCUCCCUUGAUUCUGCACAACUCCCACGGGGCCUGGACUGAUGCUUGGUAGCUAAGUCAGCUGGAUCUCCCUCUUGAUUUCGGUGAUCUCUGAAGUAAUACCACAGAUCCUCUGCCAUAUGACGUACCAUAAAUUGCCGCUGAGUGAAAAGCCCAGUGUAUGUGGGGAGGUAUGGCAGGUAGGGAAAACCAUGGCACCUUGGUGCAUGAUUCUUCCCUUUAUAAUCGCUGUGGGUCUCUAGCCUUCACUUAGUGAUGUUUGUGCGCUACUGAUCACUGCAAGCUCUGUACUCCCGCUGGCUGUUGUUCCCUCGUCUCCCAAAUAUAACAAUUUCAAGUUGAUGUAUAAAUAAAG